AUGAGACCUGCCACCCACUGUAUAAAGAGAUCAUUAACUACAGUCCACCCAAGCUCCGAUACAAGCACAUUUUCCAAAGGAGACAAUCCUUCCAAACCAGAGUGUAGCACUCCAUCUCUUAAGUCAAUCUCUAAAAUCAUAACUCAAUGCAAGAUGGCUUACCUGUGGGAAACAACAAGAAAUGAUCUCUACAUCGACAAUGUCAUCUUCAUCAUCAAAGAGCACAUCCCAAACCUUAAGUCUUCUCAAUUUGGACGAUUUGGAAAUCAUCUGAUAGAACUUGGACCGAAUGAUCGUGGAAUUGCUAACAUCUAUGAUUUUGAGAUUAUAAAUGCUCACCAAUAUCAAUGUGUAUAACACUAACAUCAUCAGUCUUGCAAUGCUUCAAUGUUCCCUUUCCAAUGAGUUCAAAAAGCUCAAGGGCACAAUCUUUCCAAGUGCAAUAUCUCAAUGCAACCCAACUUAUCCAGGCUUACCGCAUCAACAUAUAUUCUCUAUAAUGUUAGGAUGUUCAGUUCAACAGUUACCUGUGCAUCUGACAUUGCAAUCUCUGGAUUCCAAAGGGCCAACACCUCAAUCUUUGGGCAGGCUGCAAGCAACAAAUUCAGAUCCAAUGCUGAAAUACUAAUGUAACUCAAAGAUACGUAUAUAUGGCAAGGGAAUCUCUGGUAAUUGGGAAUCUCCAAGAUGGGAUAGUGUGUUCCCAAUCACCUCAAGAGGUAGGUACUCCAUGACGAAUAGAAACAUACACUCUCAAAUCCACAAAUUGGAUUCAAAAACUUAUAAAUUGACAUCACCAGAUUCCAAUAACUUCAUUCCAUAUAUUUUCACGUAUCAAAAUCAAAGCCAAUACACAAGUCGCUCCUGCAUCAUUGCAUCAACAGAAGUUAGAACAACAUAAUCAAAAAAAGUAGUCAGUCACCACAAAGAAGAGCCAAGUAGUCCACUGUCAGAGAGAUAUCCAUCAAAUGAACAACCUUCAAGGGAAGCUUGAGAAUUGAUAUCUGGGUUUCGAGCAU